AUGGAGGGCGAUGGCAACAGACUUCCUUGGGGGAAGCCGAAACCUCCCACCACCCCAAGCGCAAACUCAGACGGAGCAGAGCAAGUACCUCUCUGGAGGAGACGCGGUUCUAUGCGACCACCAAUUCAAGACGCAAGAGAACCUGCUCCGCGAAGACAGGAGUUGACACAAGAACCUUCAUCCAGUUCCUCUCCCCUGCCAUCGACGAGACAAGAUCCGCCAAACAUUAGAGAGCCUCUUCGAAGACAGCCAGACCCAAGACAAGAUAUUGUGGCUGGUUUACCACCUCUUCCUUUUCGAACGCAAGACCCUUCGAGUGCAAACGCACCUCAAAGACGACAAGAUCCAACGCGCCAGGUACAACGUAGAACUUCCGACACACUCUCUCGGAGUCCAGAGUCUCCAAUCGCAAGAGAGCCACCAAGGAGGCGACACGAUUCUACGCCAGACGCAACAACCAUGGCCUCUGGUGGACCCUCGAGAAGACGAGGUUCGUCAACCCAGAGAGCUGGCGCAAGUAGGGACUAUUCCGCAGCUUCCUGGAGGGACAAUGCGAAUCCGUUACCAAUCGCAAACACGCCCACACCCCCUCCGCCUGCCAUCCACCCUCCAUGGCCCAAAGCGCACCCGACCAAGCUCACGAACAAGAAUGUCGCAUAUAUGACAAUCAGGCUCUCGGACAUCAAUCCCGGUAUCAUGCCCCAUAUAUCGAUCAAGGAAUGCAAGUUUCUGGCGUCGUACAAUUGGAUCAAAGCUGAUGUGGCCAGUAUAUAUGUCCCAGGAACGCCAGCACGGUGGUCGCCUCCUGCUUUGCCUUUCACCAUAGCCCCAGACAGUGAACAAGACGAACACAGGCGCUUGAUUACAGCUCCACGAUGGGCUCCUUUCUUUGCAUCGAUGCUCAUCAUGCAACCAAAUUACCCCCUUGGCGAAAUCGACUUGGUGACUGAUCGAAGCAGUCUUCGUCGACUGUUUGAGUGGGUCUGUAGUAGUAGUACAGAAGACAGCUGGCGUCUUGAUGCGAAUAUUGUUGAAGGGACAAUGUUUUUGAGCAAGUGGGUGAAGAGCUUUGGACGGUUUAUUGGACCUGGCCAUUCUGGGUACGGAUUUGGGUUUGAGAAAGCCUGUCUCAAGUUUGAGGGGGAUGUGAAUGAUAGCUCUUCACAUCAUCGGAUAUUGGAGUAUGAGUUGGGUGGGUUGAAGUGUCUUGUACAAUCCGAGGCCGAUGGAUAUGUGGCCGAUAACAAUACUCAGGCCGAGUCGGGAGAGAGCUCGAAUUCUCGAACCGAUGCCUCGACGUCCAGGACUGAGUCUUUGUUUCCGGAGGUGGACGGCGUAAAGGUCAUUCAAAAAGGAGAUUUUGUCUCGCCGCUCUCGAUCGUUGAAGCAAAAUGUACUAGUCACAGAACUCCACUCCAACAACAGAAGGACAGAGUGAGCCUUCAAUGUUGGUUAUCACAAACGCAGACUGUCCUCGCUGGACAACACCAACAAGGCACUGUCAAUAAUAUCGAAACUUUUCGAAUGGGCAGUUCAUUCUCCCAAUGGGAGAAGCAUGUUGGCCAUCAGCAUGAAUUAAGAAGGCUCAUCGGGUUGAUCAAAGUGAUCAGAAAGACCGCCAGAGACAACGCUAGUGGAAGAUGCUAUCUGAUCUAUGACGUUGACGCAGGACCUGGAAUUUUGCAAGUCUUGCGAGCAAAUGAUGACACUCGAGUUAGUCUUUCUGAUGAGGUGAAAGAGCAGUUCUGGCCACGACCGACUCCUUCUUCCUGA